GGGACAAGGUCCAACAAUACGCCCCUCUUGAAAGUGCGCAUAAGUACUCUGGCUAUUGACGUGUUUGUGUCGGCUGAUUAAUAACAGGACGACAUCUAAAAACUCUUGAUUAAACUAGCUACGUGGCGGUCCACAUGCCAUAUCAACACAAGUCGCGUGCGUUACUGCAGUUUUCAAACAUUCCGCGCCGAAGAACAACCUUACUGAUCGGUUAAGGGCACGCACUGUAUGGAUGGCUGAAAGUGGCACAAGACCUGAUGAAACGGAAAGAUUCCCAAGACAGGGCAGUAUGUCCAGCAAACAAGACUUGAUUCAGUGGGAAAAUGCCUCCGUUGAGACAUGCACUAUACUGAGCUGGCUCGGUUACGGACAGGAGAUCAUACAGGCUCGGAGAGACGCAUAUCGGGAGUUAGGCAAGCUGUUAAUUGCACGGGUAUGUGGAGCGGCCACGUAUAUUAUUACGGGUAGCAAAGAAAGGAAUUUGAUGGCAACCUCUGGACUGGAUGUGGAACAGCAACGCACAUGGAUAUCAACGAUUACAGAUAUGCUCAAUGAAGGUCCUAGGGUGAUACUAAGACUUCCAAAGAUACGACAAUGCAUCGUAGCUCACCCUGAACCAUUCCGAUGGUACAGCGGGAGGAGAAUUGAGCUGGAAAUGCUAACGCUCAUGCUCAUGAACAGAGUGACAAUCUGUAUUGAUGAGAACGGGGAGGUUGACGAUACCGAUGCGAUUUGGCAGGCAUUAAUAGACGAAUAA